AUGGCCGAUCUCCCCGCCCUCUCGUCGCUUCCCUCCCAGUCGCAGGAGACCCAACUGCGGGUGCUGGACACCCUCUUCGAGCCCUCACCGGAGCUUCAUCGGUUGAUGAUCCCCGUGCUGGCGAACCAGACCUUCGCCUCGUAUGACUCGCUCAUCGACGCCGUUUGGGGUCGCAUGUCCGCUCUCUCUGCGCCGAACUCCCCCACGGACCGCGAUGUCCUGUUCGGCAUCCUGGGCUCGCACCCGCGGCUCGGUCGGGCCCCGGCCAACCCCGAACAUCUGAGCGAACUAAGCAAGAAGGAGCAGGAGCAGUUGAAUACAGGCGCCGAGGAACAAGCGGAGAAACUGCUGGCGCUCAAUGCCGAAUACGAGGCACAGUUUCCCGGGCUGCGGACUUUUGUCAAUGGGCGCAGCCGCGACAUGAUUAUGGUUGAAAUGCGCCAGCGCAUUGACCGGGCUGACGCGGAGAAAGAGAUCACAGAGACUAUCCAGUCAGGCUCCAGCAACAGCCAACAAGAUGCGCAGCGGACUCCUCGUCGCCCACAGCCCAUUGACGGGCCUCUGGCCAGGAAGCCGUCUGUCACACCGCAGGAAACGAAAACCGAGACCAGCGCCAUCGAUCCGUUAUCUCAGCACAUCAUCCAGCGCACCAACACCCAAAAGUCCAUUCCGUUGAAGCUGCUGGGCCGGGCCUCGUACGAGGCCGACGCCGGCAGCUCCGGUCUCAACCUGUCGGAAUCCAGCGCGGUUCGGGGAGAUGCUAUGUCAAACUCAAAAGCAGCCAAAGAGAAGAAAAACCGGGUUUCGUUCCUAAGCCGUAUUAUUGGCACCAAGAAGAAGAAGGAUCAACCCUCUGAGGCGGAAGAUGAGCUGUUGGAGGCAGAUGCCAGCCCCAUGCCGAUCAACGCGUCCCAUCCGAUAGGAUUCAUCCCCCAGCACCCGGCACCCGCGAGGUAUCUCAAGACCCGCGCGCAUUAUAAGAGAGACAAGGACUUCGAUAAGGUGUUCCUCGCGCAAGAGCUAUUAGGUGGUGCACAGGCCCCGCCGCGAGCUGCCGCAAGACGGCGGUCCUGGUCCACAUCGAGCGGCGUUCCAAAUGACGAUAGCACUGGGAAAGCCAUCUGGGCUCUGGUGUUCUCCAAGGAUGGCAAGUAUCUCGCUGCGGCUGGCCAGGAAAAGAAGGUAAGAGUGUGGGAGGUGAUCUCGACUCCGGAGGAGCGGCGGGAAUGCACGGGAGGUGAAGAGGAUGCGCCGGCAGCGGAUCAACCGCCGAGGUUAAAAGCGCCUGUCUUCAAAUCCAACCCAGUUCAGAUACUUGAAGGACAUACCGGUAGCAUUUUGGACUUGAGUUGGAGCAAGAACAACUUCAUCCUUUCUUCGUCGAUGGACAAGACAGUUCGAUUGUGGCAUGUAAGUCGGUCCGAAUGCCUCUGUUGCUUUCAGCAUAGCGACUUUGUCACCUCGAUCCAAUUCCACCCUCGCGACGACCGAUUCUUCCUCGCCGGGUCACUCGAUACCAAGUUACGCCUCUGGAACAUUCCGGAUAAGAGAGUCGCUUUCGUCACAACCGUGCCCGACAUGAUCACCGCGGUAUCAUUCACACCAGACGGGCGCAACUCGAUGGCUGGAUGUCUGAAUGGGUUACUCAAUAUCUACGAGACGGAGGGACUGAGGGCCUCAGGCCAAAUCCACGUUCGAUCCGCUCGUGGCCGCAACGCCAAGGGGCAUAAGAUUACCGGGAUCGACACGAUGACGGUUCCCUCCGACGAUCCCAACGGCGAGAUCAAAGUGCUGGUCACCAGCAACGACUCCCGCAUUCGCAUGUACGAUUUUCGCACUCGCGUUCUGGAAGCCAAGUUCCGCGGCAACGAGAAUACGUGCAGCCAGAUCCGGGCAACAUUCACUGACGACGGCAAGCAUGUCAUCUGUGGAAGCGAGGACCGCAGGGCCUAUUUGUGGCCCAUUGGUGCCGUGGAGCGAGAUGCUGGUAAACGAGCGGUGGAGGUGUUUGAACCGCAGUCUGCUAUUGUGACGGUUGCUCUGUCGGCUCCGACAAAGACAAAGCAGAUCCUAGGCCUGUCCGAAGAUCCGAUCUACGAUAUCUGUAACCCGCCUCCGGUGGCUCUGAUGAGCGCCGAAGAGUCGUCGAAGCAAGAAAGCCCUGAGCGAGAAAACGGAAGUAAUUACAAGAGAGCUUCCUCAGCGCGGCGGUUAUCGAUCAUUAGCAAAUUGGCCCACCAAUCGCCUUCAUACAUCUCUCGCUCGAAACAUGAAGGUGGGAACAUCAUCGUCCUCGCCGACUACUCCGGAAAGAUCAAGGUUCUCCGGCAAGACUGCGCAUAUCAGAAGAGACGAUAUGAGAACUGGAAUGCCAACUCGACCAUCUCACGCCGGAUCCUACGCCGCUCCAACUCCGCCCGCCACAGCCUCGCAUCAUCAGGCAAGGAAUCCACACACAAGACGCCGUCAGAGCACAUCGUCUCCUGGCGCAACUCGGUCGUUCGCCACGGCCACCCCAGCAACGAAGGCUCCCGCCCUAGCCUCCGCACACACAGCCCAUCCUCCCACCACCGACCCGCCACCUUCCGCCUCUCCUCAUCGCGACCCUCCAGCCUUGGACCAAACGAGACCCUCUCCCUGGUAGCAACCUCCCCACCACCAUCCCCGCGCCGAUCCCGCACCGACACCCGCGGUGACGACACACGGCCCCAAAACGGCCAUGGCCGCAGACCCAGUCAACCCUCCAGCGGUACCACCUUCCCAUCCGGCACCCAUCCCUCCACCGCCGACUCGACUGACCCGCGCAAACUCCCCACAUCCACCGCCGACAUCGUCACCAGCGGCAAGAACAAAGACAAUCCGCUCUGGCUGCAGGGUGACCAUAGCUACGCGUUCUGGAACAAGAUCACACACGACGCGCUGGCUAUGCACUCCCGCAAGUCCAAUGACCUGGUCCGCUCCAACAGCAUCGCGUCCGGCGCCGAGCGCAAGCUGAGUACUGCGGAGAGCGUGUUGAGUAGUGAGUAUGAGUCUUCGACGGGCGGGGAAGAGGAUAUUAUGAAGUGUGAGCGUUGCCAGGGCACAAAUUUUCGGGGUGUGAAGGGGAGGGAUGGGACGCAAAAGUUGAUUUGUGUACAGUGUAACCGGUCUAUUGGGUGA